UGCCCGGCAUGGCGGAGGAGCGGCGCUUUCUCUCGGCCUCCGGGGUGCCGAUCGCGCUGCGGCGCCGCCAGCACAGCGCGUCCUGCCGGGAGCUGGCGGUGCGCGGCCCCCGCCUGCAGCUGCGCUCGCUCAGUGCCGCCACCUCCGCCGUCUGGCUGGCGGCCUACGGGCUCUUCGCGCUCAGCGAGAGCAGCAUGGUGCUCUCUGCUGCCAUCUUCAUCACGCUGAUCGGCCUGAUCAUUUACCUGCACUUCGUGAAGAUUGACCAGGAAUCCCUGCUGGUCAUUGGCUCACUUGGCAUUCAGGUGACUUCAUCCUAUGCCUCAGGGAAGGAGAGCACAAUCUUCAUUGAGAUGGGUCACGUGAAGGAUGUGGUUAUCAAUGAAGCCAUCCAUAUGCAAAAAGUUAUCUACUACCUGUGUAUCCUCCUCCAGGACCCUGAAGAUCCUCAGGGAGUAUCUGAGGUUGUGCCACUCUUUCAGAGCUCCAAGCCACGACUGGACUGCUUGAUAGAAGUGUACAAAAGUUGUCAAGAGAUCCUGGAGCAGAGGAAGACAGCUCCACAAUCAAGUGAAAUAAAAUAGCUGAAAAAAAGCAGACUUUCAGCAGAACUCAGAGGGACACAUGGAAAAGCAAGCAAAAUUGCCCCAUGAGCAGAAGUUUUUAGGCUCAGACAGAAGAAGCUUCUUCUUGCCUCUCCAGAAAAGAAUUAUGGGGAAAUAGGGCAAAGGGAGACAAGAAAAUGCAUCCAUUUUUUACUGUUUCAUGCAUCUGAAAAUUAUGCUAAAAUUAUAAAAUAACCUUGGCUGGACUGCCAUAAGUAUGCAUUCUUUGGUUUUUAUUUAACCCUUUGUUUGAAAAACACACUUUAAAUACCAAAGCUGAUGUGUGGGAUCAGAUAGUAACUUCCUGAUGACAGGAGAAUUUCAGAAGGACAAAACCAGAAAAUUAAACUGUUGCAUUCAAUUAUGUUUAAUGGAAUAAACAUAAGAGAUCUGAAGACUGACCUCUUCAGGGAUCUGCUUGAAGGAGUCCCAUGUGAUGGGGUCCCAAGAGGGAUCUGAGAAAGCUGAUUGAUAGUCAAGGAUCAUUUCUUCUGAGAUCAAGAACAGUCCAUCCCAAUGAGCAGGAAGUGAAGCAGAAAUACCAGGAAGCCUGCGUGGAUGAGCAAGCUGCUCCUGGCAAUGCUUGAACACAAAAGGGAAGUAUACAGAAGGUGGAAUGUGGGAAGAAUGCAGCAACACUGUUCAAGAUGCAGUUAGAAAAGCUAAAGCCCAGCUGGCAGUGAAUCAGUUGAAGGGUGUCAAAGGCAGCAAGAAUGGUUUCAGUAAGUGCUUAUCUAUCAAAAGGAGCACAGGCAAAAUGUAAACCCAUUGCUGAAUGAGGCAGUGCCUAUUGACAGAAGAAGUGGAAAAGGUGUGGCAUUUAAAGGGCCACAUCAGUUACUCUGAGAAUAUGAGGCACAUGUGUUGUUGAAAAUGAUGGUAAUGACAAUGUGAAUAAAGUUUUAUUAAUCUGUG